AUGACAAGGCUCCGCGGAGGUUCCAUCGAUGACCCAGACAUCGCGCGAUCCCCCGGCCACGGGCGAACUCACAGUUAUCGGUCAAAGCUCCCACCAAACGCACCGGAUGUGCUCAUACAGAAUACUAUCGAGGUUUCCGACCCCUCCAGGGUGCUACCACGAUAUCGUGACGAUCGAAGACGAAAAUUUAAUGGCUUGGUGCGCAGGUACAAAGCUCAACUGCUUCACGGCUGCGAUGAUCCCGCAUGUCGAACCUCCACAUGUGCUAGUCAUCGCCGAAGACUCAGUGAAGGUCCGUAUCGUCGAUACACCGAACUGAGUGCGAGGACCCUGGCAUGCUACCUCGCCAGCUUGGACGACGCAGAGACCGGUUUAUGUUUGAACGUGCCUAAGCCACCACCACAAUUGACAGCGGAAGAUUACCAUCGGAUUUCCCUGCGCCGAACACGUACACUUGAAGCACAGACGGCAGUGGCUAACAGAUCACCAAAACUGGAUCAGAACGACGAAGAGUACUCGGCCGGCGAUAUGUCCAGUCCUGCGCACAGUAGAUCAACAGUCCCAGAAGUGGAAGGAGGAGGUUCUUCGGCCCAAAUCCGUGCUGGUGGAAGCUAUAUUCAAGACCUCGACCAUACAGCCGAGCAACAACUAAAAGACCCCAAGUCUUUUACACAGAACCUGUUUGAUACAAUCUCGCUCCGUAUGAUUGAGUGGCUUCCACUUCGCCGUGCUCAAGAUACAUUAGAGUCAACGCCCGAAUCACCCGCACCGGGAGCCGCAGGCCAUUCAUUCACCACUGAGAAUCACCACUGCCAUGCCAAUAAAGUUCCAGGCAGAGAUCUCAAAAUCCCCGGUUCUACACUUACACACCAACCAGGCUCUCAGCCACGUACUCCUUCGUUGCGAACAUCGGGAUCUCACCCCUCCGCGGUCGAGCUCAAGUUUCAGAACCAGCACGUCAAGCGACUAUCUGUCUCUGAGGUUGACCAUUGGCGCCAGAGUCCACGUUCAAGCCUUGACGAUAAAAGGAAACCAGAAUUCAACAAGAAACUUCCAGUGGCUUCGUCUGAUGAGUUCAUCAACUUACCCUCGCCACCGGCGUUAAAGCACCGUCCGCAGAAGCACCGCGGAAGGAUUGGGGACGUCGAUCCAGCUCCUCUGAAGGAUCAGCGCAAGAGCCAACGGCGUGUCUCCUGGGACAGUCAGAAGCUGCUCGAUGAAGUAUCCCCUAUCAAUAGUACGGCGAGUACGGAACUCGUGCCUCCUCCUUCUCUUCCUCCUUCUGUUGUCCAAUCUCCCAGUGAGCACAAGACAAAGCAAACUCCCGUCGAACCCUCGCUAGACACGAUCCCGCUGGCUCAGGCGUUGACUCAUCUUACACCCGAGAUCAUCGAUGGUCUGUCACAAGUCAUGAUUGAAUCUGCCGAAGAUGCUGAUUGCUGGGAGGAGGAGCUCGAUCGUAUCCAGUGUGCUGGCAGUUUUGAGCAGCCCGAUUGGCGUUUUGCAACUCUACGUCAACGCGAAGUAUUUCCGUUCGUUGCUCAAAGUGCAUUUUUCGUGCUCAGUAGCCCCAAUCAGAUCCUCCGCUCCUUUGGUAGCGAGUCAAGGGAUAUCAUCGGGGCUACGUUCAGUCGUCUUGAUGUUUCCCGUUUGCAUUCAUCGCUGCAACGCCUGUUUAUAAUUUGCCCAUGGGAUAUUGCGCUACACAGCCUAUGGACCUCUCUGGACAAACUCUUUGUUCCCCCACGGGAAUUUACCUCUUCUGGGCGGCCAUCCCGCCGAUCGUCUCGUUGUUCGACUAUGACAGGACCUGCGCCCCCUCCAGUUGUACCCCGACGAAUUUCUGAGUCUGCCAAUGACGAUCAUCUGUCGGAUCCUGAGGCCGCCUACAUUACCACAGUUGUCUUGUUUGCUUUGGUCAGCUUUAUGCCUAAUAUUGACUUGGGAACUUGGAAAACGAUCGUUCGUAUGCGUGCCGCUGGGUCUGUUGCUUCACUAUCGGACAUGCGCAAGCUACCCCCGAAGAAUGCUCAGGAAGCUAUCGAGGUGACGGACAGAUUCGAGCACGAAUUAGGACUCCGCCUCAUUAAUCGUCUCGUGCGGGCUCUCACUGCACGACUAGCAUACUAUGAAAUCUCCAAAGCCCGCCAAGUAUACAGCCUAGACCUACCAAAACAGCCUAGGCCCAGCGUGCUGGACCUCGUGGUUGACUAUCUUAGUGAGCACCACAUGUCUCAUACUGCCGGCAGCGAUGAGUCCCGUGAGUCUGUUAGCCCCGCCUCACUCAUUGUUGAGUGGCUUCGCACUCUUUUUCUGCGCGAAUGGGAUGGCAAUCCUGAAAUGGCUCGUAGCAGCCCAGCCGGUGGUGCUGUCCAGAUUCUAGCCUCAAUGUACAAGGAACGAAACCGGUUAGGUCUUUUACCCGAAGACUUCCAUACACCCCUUCUUACAGAGCGUCUGGACCCUUUGGAUAUGCCUGUGGCAUGGGUCGGUAGCCUCUCGAACAACCGAACGAUGCAUCUUCUGUCAUACUCGUUCCUCUUCCCUCCAUCAUCUCUCGUGAUCUAUUUUCGUGCUUUGAACUAUUCCGCCAUGACCAAGUCCUAUGAGGCUGCUAUGACCACCACGAGACAUGUCACCCAGACUGCCUUCGGCGCUAUUCAAAUUUCCGAUGACCCUCGACUCCUCACCCGCAUGAAAACAUCCAUGUCCACUUACCUUGUUCUUGUUGUCCGCCGGGACAAUAUUCUCUCCGAUGCCUUGAGCCAGUUAUGGCGGCGUGAAAAGCGCGAACUCAUGCGACCCUUAAAGGUGCAAAUGGGCAUGGAUGAAGGAGAAGAGGGACUUGACCAUGGUGGCGUUCAACAAGAGUUCUUCCGUUUGCUCAUGGGUCAAGCUUUUGAUCCAUCUUAUGGCAUGUUUACAGUUGAUACUCAACACCGCAUGUCUUGGUUUCAACCGUGCUCAUUGGAACCGCUUUAUAAGUUUGAACUUAUUGGUCUGUUGAUGUCUAUUGCAAUUUACAACGGCCUAACCCUCCCCGUGAACCUUCCCACUGCCUUUUAUCGCAAAGUGUUGGGCCUAAAAGUGAAGCAUCUAGACCACAUUCGAGAUGGAUGGCCGGAGCUUAGUCAAGGACUCGACACAUUAUUGGCAUGGAAAGAUGGCGACGUGGGCGAUAUUUUCACACGAACUUACGAGUUCAGCUUCGAAGUGUUUGGAAGUAUAGAGACAAUCGAUAUGCAAAAGGUUAAUCAUGAUGCGCCGUGGCCUCUUGCUAGCAAAAUCGCCACUCCGGCUCCGGCUCCGGUUCCUGUCGCGGGUUCUAGCGCCUGGAUAGAUGUGCCGGCUUACUGCGACUCUGAGAUAUUGAGGUCAGCAACCUCCAUGGCAGCCGAGGAGGCUACGGACGUCACAUCCCGUGAACCCGCGUCAGGCACUACCACAAAGUCGGUGCCUGAGUCCAUAUCACUUCAGUCCUCUCGGCACCCAACUGAAGAGGCCGCCCUUGUGACCAAUCAAAAUCGACAUGAAUUUGUCAAGGAUUACAUCUUCUGGCUCACGGAUAAAUCCAUUCGACCACAAUUUGAAGCUUUCCAGAAGGGGUUCAACAUGUGCCUGGAUCGAUCGGCUCUGUCCAUCUUCUCCCCGGAAGCUCUCAAAACCGUGGUAGAAGGUAUCCAAUCUAUUGACAUAAAGGAGCUCGAGAACCAUACCCGGUACGAGGGUGGAUUUGGUCCGGAUAAUCGUGUCAUUCGUGACUUCUGGGAUAUUGUCCAAGGAUACCCCAAUGAAAAGAGGGCCCAGUUACUCGAAUUCGUCACUGCUAGUGACCGAGUCCCCGUCAACGGGAUCUCAAGCAUUAUGUUUGUGAUUCAGAAAAAUGGCGUCGGAGAUUUACGUCUUCCUACCAGCUUGACUUGCUUUGGACGCUUGCUUUUGCCAGAGUACUCGUCAAGGCAGGCCUUGGCGAAGAAGCUUGACAAGGCUCUCGAAAAUGCCCAAGGAUUUGGCGUUGCAUAA